AACAGUUCUUUGAUGCCGCGUGUUGUGCAGUAAACAUGUCGAACACGUACCGUACUUUGAUAUUCCACAAGUUGUCGUCACUUACUUACUUAGCUUAAUAAGUUUGCACAAAUAAUUAAAAAUAUGUGAUCUAGCCAAGCAAGAGACACUGCUUACAAAUACUUGAGUGUUCAAACACAUUGGAAGUCUAAAAGUGGUUGCAGAUUGUGUUAUUUGCAGCUGAAUUCAACGGGUUUGCUUCGCUACCCCAACGGGGGAAAGUUGGAAGUACGACGGGGAAAGGCGAACUUCACAAAAUGGCUGUCGCCCCGCCGGCCCGGAGCGUGCAUCUGUACAAAAAUGGGGACAAGUUUUACAACGCCAAGCGGGUGAUUGUCAACUUUAAACAGACCAGAACUUUGGAAUCUUUCCUGGACAGUUUGACGUCGAAAGAGAAACCGUCUUUUGGUGCAAUCCGUAAACUUUACACGCCGACUCAAGGCCAUUCCGUCAACUCGCUGGACCUGCUGGAAAACAACAAAUUUUAUGUCUUCAGUGGAACUGAAAGAUUUGUUGGUUUGAACUAUGGCAAAAGUGGUGCAAAUGACAUCAGAAGAAGAAGGGUGCCCACACAAAGACGAAUCCAGCCGGUAGGCCACAGCAAUAUCCGAGUCUCGGCGAAAUACAUCAAAAGGCAGGAAGGCCCCAAGGUCGUACAUGUGUUCCGGAAUGGAGAGGACCUCAGCCCAGCCGUCCGAGUGCUUCUACACAAGAACCAAUUACUCAGCAUGAUCCAUAUACUGGACCACAUCACCAACAAAGUCGCCCUUACAAAUGGAGCAGUCAGAAAAUUGUAUCACGUGUCAGGUAAACUGGUUACGGACGGCUCGGAGCUUGAGAAUGAGCAAUUCUACGUGGCGGCCGGCAUCGAGAAGUUCAAGAAACGAGCCUACGAUAAACAGAACCUCCAACAGACAUCUCCCAGGACUAAACGAGUGCUUCCACCAGUCCCCAGAAGACCUCCGCCAAAAGCCAAGCCCUCUCCAGCUAAAGAAACCCAGAAACCUACCCAACAACGGGAGCCCAGGCCUCCCCCACCUAAACAGGAGGCCCCUCCCCGCAAACCCCAAGCCCCGCCCAAGCCCGCUGCCAACACCCAGUCUGAGCAGAAACCCAAGAGCCGACGCCCCAAGGCUGAGAAGACGGCCGAUCAGAAGGAGGCUGAGGAGGUGUUCCACCACAAGCCAGCCAUGGUCAAACGCAGCCGGGAGAAAGAAGAUCACACCAAGGAAUCGCUAGACUACGAAGAUCCAAACAGUGUUUUCAAAGCAUCUGAGCAGCGCAAAGAGACAGCCAGGGCGGCCGAAGUGGAAGAAACCAAUGAAACUGCCGUUGAUCUUCCGGUUGAUCAAAUUGCUGCUGAAGAGGUUGACGAAGAAGAAGCUGAGGUCAAUGAGUUCCUAACUCAGAACCCAUCACCGCCACCUCGCGAGGCGACACCACCUCGUGAGGCAACACCACCUCGUGAGGCAACACCACCUCGUGAGGCAACACCACAGCUGGAUCCGACGCCACCACCACGCGAGGCGACGCCGCCUCUGGAUCCAACACCACCACCUCGUGAGGCAACACCACCUCGCGAGGUGACACCACAACUUGAGCCUACACCACCACCUCGGGAGGCGACACCGCCACUUGAACCAACGCCACCACCCCGCGAGGCAACACCACCUUUGGAUCCACCACCUCCUCCUCGUGAGGCCACGCCACCUUUGGAACCAACGCCACCACCUCGCGAGGCAACACCACCUCUGGAUCCAACACCCCCUCCUCGUGAGGCAACGCCACCUCUUGAACCCACUCCACCACCUCGCGAAGUCACACCAUCUCAACCAAAGGAUGCUGAGCAACCUGUUGCCUUUUUGACUGAUGAGGCAAAAUUGAAGUUGUUCAAGCUGCUUAAUAACUCUGACAAGACAGGCCAGUCCCCUCCUCUGCCAGUUUCAAGCCCUGUACAGUCCCCUGAGAUGCCCCUCCCAAAUGGGAGCCCAACGGCUUCACAGACCCCUACCACUUCUCAGAUAACCCAGCCCCCUUCUCGUGCGACUCCACCCCCCACUCCUCCAUUGGAAACUGCCCCAGCCCAUACUUCCCCAGCCCAGAUUUCCCCAGCUCAAUCCCCACAACCCCAGACUACAUUGUCACCGACCUCCCCGCCACGCCUGAAAUCUCCACUCCGGACUUCCCCACCCCUUACUUCCCCUCUCCUAACUUCCCCACCCCCGGGCUCUCCACCCUUAGCUACUACCCCACCCCGACAAUCCCCGAGUCCGGGUCCACCUACCCCGGCGAACUCCAUCGAUGAGCCUAACAACGGCUCAAAAUCAUCUUCCGUAAGGAUCAACUCUGAAGAGGCAGCUGUCAAGGAUGCAGACAAGAAGAGUGAAGCGGAUAACAAGACAGAUGAUGGAGAUAAGAUAGAGGAAAACGCUGAUAAAGAUGGAGGCGAUAAUUCUGCGGUCAAGGAGAAUGACGCUGCUGCCAGUGUUGACAACAAAGAUGUUGCAGCAGAUGAGGUCGAUGCUGAAACAGGCGGGGCUUAUGAUGACAAUCACCCAGCUGAUGCAGAUGAUACUCCACAGCCCGAGGAACACGUUGCAGAUGAUGACCAUCAGUUUAAGGAAGAAGAUUCAUCCAAAGUGCAAGGAGCUGCUGACAAGGCAGAAGGACCAGGGAGUCAUUGUGAGGAUGAACCUCACAGAGAUAAGGAGGAUGCUGGUCAAGGAAUAAAUGAAGAUGCUGAGAAACAAGAACCAGGAAAACAAAAUGAGCUCAUUUCUGAAGACGAAAAACAGUCACCUGAGGAUCCAAAAGAAGAGGAAAAACCUAACGAAACCAAGCAAGAUCAGGGACAGGCUCAAAACACCAACAACAUCGCUACAGAUUUAGAGAUAGAAGCAGAGAAAGAAAAAGAGAGUAGUUCAGAGGAGAAGCAUCAGUUAUUUAAGGAGCCAAUAGAAGAGAAAUCUGACAAGCCUGAGCCAGAUCAGGAACCUGCUCCAAAUGCCAACAGUAAUAGUCAAGAGUCUGAGAUGCUAGAAGCAGGGAACAAAAAAGAGAAUUCUGAAGAGAAGCCACAGACAUUUGAAGAGCCAAUUGAAGGGGAGAAACAUAAUGAUCCACAGGAUAUCAUCGAUAAUGAGAGUCCACCAGAGAAUCGUAACAAAGAUGAAAAUGAGAAUCAACAACCCAUUGAUCCUGAUAGUAUCAAGGAAAGUGAAUCUCCUCCAGAGAAUCCAAAUGAAGUUGAGGAGCCUUCAGCAAUGACAACUGAUGAAAAUAAGAAUCAAGAGCCUAUUGAUCCUGAGAACACUAAAGACACUGAACCUCCUCAAGGGGACCAAAAUCAAGAUGAGGUCGCUCCUUCCAUGAUGACUGAAGACAAGAAGAAUCAAGAGCCCAAUGAUCCAAAGGAUACCAAAGACAAUGAAUCUCUUUUAGAGAAUCAAAAGGAAGAUAAGGUUGCCCCUUUGAUGACUGGUGAAACCAAGAAUGGAGAGUCCAAUGAUCUCAGGGAUACCAAAGAUGGUGAGCCUUCUUCAGAGAACCCAAACAAAAAUGAUGAUGCUUCUUUGACAACGGCCAAUAAAAAUGAGGAUCAGGAGUCUACUGCUCCUGACAGCACCAAAGACACUGAACCUCCAGAGAAACAAAACGAAGAUGAGGCUGCUCCUACGAUGAUGACUGAUGAAAAUGAGAAUCGAGAGUCUAAUGAUCCGAAGGACUUCAACGACAAUGAAUCUCCACCAGAGAACCCAAAUGAAGAUGAGGCUCCCCUGGCGACCGAUGAAAACGAGAAUCAAGCAGAGGAUCAGGAACCGGCUCAGAACGUCAACGGAGACGAUUCAGAUGAUUCCCCAGCUCGGAGGGUGGACUCCGGCAAGGAGAUGGAUUCCGGCAUCAAGUCAGAGGAGGACCAGCCCCUGCAGAACGGUGACUCGGACAGGUCCACCCCACGCACGUACACGCCCACCCCGCCCAAAUCGCCUCGAAAGAGUCACUCGCGGCCGCGGCCAACCUCGCGAUGUGCAUCCGCCCAGAAGCCCGCUGAAAACGGCAUCGCGACAGCUACUACAUAAAUUAUGACAUUGUUACACUGAGCGGAAAAACAAAACUUGUGAGACAUGUGUAUGCAUUACAGCACUCUUUGCUUAACAAUUUGGUUGUGACAGAAGGCCAAAGAAUAUUAAAGAGAUGUAAAGUAAAAGCAUGUUGCAGAA